GACACCGGCUUCCUUUGAGAUCGCCGACGCCAAUGCAAGCGUGUCCAACAUCACUUUCCCAGAUGAAGACCUGGAUCUGCAUGAAGUGGGAGGCACGGUGUCAUGGAACCCCCCCGAUCUGUACGAGGAAGCAGUCGCACACUAUCGCGUCUACAUCGCCAUGAACGAUCGUGGACUCGACAGGAUCCUGGCAGCUCCUCAGUCGCCUGUGGGUACGAACUUCGGAGACGUUCCGGCCGAGACGAUCUUGCCAUACUGCGAUCAGAGUGCCAAUGUCCGGCCGAUUGCCUUACAAGCGGCGCAGCCCACAGUGGUGUUGGUGCAUUCUGUCUCCACGCUCUCCGAGCAGACGACCCCGACGUGGAAGAAUGUCAGUGACACCAACUUCCAGGUCACCAACGUUCAGUUGGAAGAUCUUGACUUGGAUUUUCAACAACUCGGAGGCUCGAUAACCUGGGAUAUUCCGUACCAGGAGUCUCUGGUGACCCACUACAUGGUGUAUUUCGGCCGGCUGAUCUACAGCUAUGGAACCGACACAGACGGCGACUGGUUCAUCAACACUGCCUCCAAGGACACCUGA